AUGUCUGGAUACGCUAAGUUAGUACAAGAUUUGACAGCUGAAGAUGUCUUAGAACAGUUUCCAGAGGUGAUUCCUCUGCAGAAGAGACCUAACUCUAAGUCUAGUGAAUCUUCUUCUGAUUCCCACAACGACUCUGUGUUCACUGGUCAUGAUGAGGAACAAAUUAAAUUGAUGAAUGAAAAUUGUAUAGUAUUAGAUUGGGAUGACAAUGCAAUUGGUGCUGGUACCAAGAAGUUAUGUCACUUGAUGGAUAAUAUUAAUAAAGGUCUGUUACAUCGUGCCUUCUCUGUGUUUUUGUUCAACGAUGAAGGUAAACUGUUGCUACAACAACGUGCAUCUGAAAAAAUUACAUUCCCAGAUUUAUGGACAAACACUUGUUGUUCUCACCCAUUAUGUGUUGACGAUGAAAUUGGUUUAAAAGGCGACUUGAACGAUAAGAUUAAAGGUGCUAAGACUGCAGCAAUUAGAAAAUUAGAACAUGAACUAGGUAUUCCUCAAAAUGAAACCAUUGAGAAAGGUAAAUUCCAUUUCUUGAAUAGAAUACAUUAUAUGGCACCAUCAAAUGAGCCAUGGGGUGAACAUGAAAUCGAUUACAUUUUAUUCUACAAGAUCGACAAGAAGUUGAGUUUGACUGUUGACCCAUCGCCAAACGAAGUUAGAGACACUAAAUGGGUCACUGCACAAGAAUUAAAAGAUAUGUUCGAAAACCCAGAUCUUAAAUUCACACCAUGGUUUAAACUAAUCUGUGAAAGCUAUUUAUUCCAAUGGUGGAAUGCAUUAGAUGACAUUUCCAAGGUCGAAAAUGACACAAAAAUCCACAGAAUGUUAAAAUAA